AUGGGAUGUGAUCGAGAUCCGAGUCUCCCCUUUUGUGCAAAAGUUGAGCCAAAUCUCGAUGACUCACCAACACAGAUUGUAGUUCGAACGGAACGAGCGACUGAAUCGGCUAGUGAAAAGGACCGAGUGGCUUGUCAUGAGCUUCGUCAGGAGUACAGUGAAAAAUGUGAACACGAAAGACGAGAACCUGAUUUUUGUCAAGCUUUCGAGAAUAUUUGUGUUCGGCUGGGGGAAUCACCGGCACUCACAAACUCUCGUGUUCAAAGUGAGCUAUCUCCUUUGGGUGAAGCUGCGGCUGAUGCGGACGCUGAAGAUAGAAUAUUUAGAAAAAAGACCGGUGAAUCCUCCGAAAAUGAACCUAUUCCCAUCGCGGCACCAACAGCUACAAAUAAGAAAAAGAAAAAGAGAAUCAACUUCACGAGCUUUUGCAAGGAAUUCAAGAAUCGAUAUCUCUAUAUUUGCCCGGAUCCCUUCCGGUUUGGACAAAAGGCUGUUUUAUUCUGCCCAAUCUACUCGGAUCAUUGUCAUGUUCCAUUACCCGGAAAACCAGUGCUACCACAAAGAAAAUCAAAGGGAACAAGUGUCGCCAGACUGUGUGCUGCUUAUCGGGGGUACGCAGAGAACUACUGCAAUAAUGCUUUCUUUCUCUCUCAACCAAGAUACCGUGACGGAUGCGAGAAAUAUUGGCGUUUUUGCUUGCGAAGAAAUCAAGGA